CUUCCCUAUCCUCCGGCCCUCCCAAACCCCUUCUGGCGCUCCGAAUGGGCUCCCACGCAGCCCAUUCACUGCAAAUCCCCCUCCCUCGCUCCUCUUCUCCGCUCCCCGAUCCUCCUCGUCUCUUUCGUCUCCGGCCCUUCCCUUCCCCUCCCGCACGCUGCUGCUCCAGAAGGCGCCAUUCCUCAAGGAUUACCUCUAUUCGAGCCGCCUCCUCGAGCGCAGGAGACGGGUCGACACAGUUCACCUGGGAUAACUUCUCCGGCUCCCUCCGCCGUGGUUCCGCCCGGUUCGUGACCAGCUUCGCGGAGCUCUUCAGGAAAGAGACCGGGCUCGACAUUGAUGGCGCCAAGACAGGCGAGCUGGUCGAGCGAACGCGCGACGCAGUUAAUAGGGGACGGAUUGCGGUCGAUAGAUUGUGGAUGGAGUUGCUGCCUUUGUUUCUGGAGUGGAACAAGUGGGAGAAUUGGAAGGACAUUAAGAAGUGGGAACCAAGGCGCAUUGGAGUGCUUCUUUUGUAUGUUAUUACUGUUUCAGUUUCUUGCUGUAAGUUCUAUGUGGCUUUAACUAGUCAUAUCAACCAUCAAAGUAAGAGAGAAUUAACUGAAGCCUACAUGGAAGCUUUGAUUCCUGAACCCUCUCCGGCUAAUGUUAGGAGAUUUAAGAAGGGCAUGUGGAGGAAGGCAAUGCCUAAAGGAUUAAAAAUAAUGAAGUUUAUUGAAGGAUCAAGCGGCCAACUUAUUCAAGAUAAGUCUUAUGUUGGAGAAGAUGCAUGGGACGAGGAUCCUGCACCUCCAGAAGAUGCAUUAUCUAAGAUCAUUGAUAGAGAGAAAACCUUGAGCCUUGAAGAUAAGAAAAGUUUGAAAGAAAACUUGGGCAUCCCAGAAGGUGUUAUUGUCAGUUCAGUGGAUGAAUAUGACAGUGCAACAUGGAGGGAAAGACUAAGAAAAUGGAAAGAAAUUCUGCAAAAGGAAAAAUUUACUGAGCAAAUGGAUUCCCUUAGUGCCAAGUAUGUAGUUGAUUUUGAUAUGCAAGAAGUUGAAAAGAGUCUGCGUAAGGAAGUUGCAGAGAGGACAUCAAAUUCUUCUGGGAGCAGAGCACUUUGGAUUUCUAAGAGGUGGUGGUAUUAUCGUCCAAAGUUGCCCUACACAUAUUUUCUCGAUAAACUUGAUUGUUCUGAGGUUGCUUCUGUUGUCUUCACCGAGGACCUUAAAAGAAUAUAUGUGACCAUGAAAGAAGGCUUUCCUCUAGAGUAUAUUGUUGAUAUUCCACUUGAUCCAUACUUGUUCGAGAGCAUCUCUAAUUCGGGUGUCGAAGUUGAUCUCCUUCAAAAGCGGCAAAGCUAUUAUUUCUUCAAAGUUGUUUUUGCAUUACUACCCGGAUUACUUAUUUUGUAUAUUAUCAGAGAAUCUGUUAUGCUUUUGCAUGUUACAAAUAAACGAUUUCUAUAUAAGAAGUAUAACCAACUUAUUGACAUGGGAUAUGCAGAAAACUUCAUACUGCCCGUAUCAAAUUUUGAUGAUUCCAGAUCAAUGUACAAAGAAGUUGUUUUAGGUGGUGAUGUUUGGGAUCUUUUAGACGAGAUAAUGAUUUACAUGAAUAAUCCAAUGGAAUAUUAUGAAAAACAAGUUGCAUUUGUUCGGGGUAUACUUCUUUCAGGACCUCCUGGGACUGGUAAAACACUUUUUGCCAGAACCCUCUCAAAGGAGAGUGGAAUGCCUUUUGUAUUCGCCUCUGGUGCUGAAUUCACUGAUAGUGAAAAAAGUGGUGCUGCUAGAAUUAAUCAACUUUUCUCUAUUGCCAGAAGAAAUGCUCCAUCUUUUGUGUUUGUGGAUGAGAUUGAUGCCAUUGCUGGUCGUCAUGCAAGGAAAGAUCCACGAAGAUGUGCAACAUUUAAUGCUCUGAUUGCACAACUUAAUGGAGAGAAAGAGACAACUGGACUGGAUCGAUUUUCUCUAAGACAAGCUGUAAUUUUUAUCUGUGCAACUAAUCGGCCAGAUGAGUUAGAUGAUGAGUUUGUUCGCCUAGGGCGGAUUGACCGGAGGCUAUAUAUUGGGUUACCUGAUGCAAAGCAGCGAGUUCAAAUUUUUGGUGUACAUAGUACGGGAAUGAAGCUUGCUCAAGAUGUUGACUUUGAAAAACUUGUUUUUCGGACUGUUGGCUAUUCUGGAGCUGAUAUUCGGAAUCUUGUCAAUGAAGCAGCAAUCAUGUCAGUAAGAAAAGGUCACUCUAUGAUCACCCAGAAAGACAUAAUUGAUGUGCUAGAUAAACAAUUGUUAGAGGGCAUGGGAGUACUGCUAACUGAAGAGGAGCAACAAAAGUGCGAAGCUAGUGUCUCCGUUGAGACAAGGAGGCUUCUUGCUGUGCAUGAAGCUGGUCAUAUAUUGCUAGCUCAUUUAUUCCCUCGCUUUGAUUGGCAUGCAUUCUCUCAGUUACUUCCUGGUGGUGAGGAGACUGCAUUAUCUGUAUUUUAUCCUAGAGAAGAGAUGGUAGAUCAAGGAUAUACUACGUUUGGGUAUAUGAAGAUGCAGAUGGUAGUUGCACAUGGAGGGCGGUGUGCUGAGAAAAUUGUUUUUGGAGAUGACAUCACUGAUGGUGGAAGGGAUGAUCUUGAAAAAAUAACCAGAAUUGCUAGAGAAAUGGCAAUCAGCCCUAGAAAUUCAAGAUUGGGUCUGACCACCCUUGUCAAGAACGUUGGAUUCAGAGAUCGUCCAGAUAAUCCAGAUAGUGAAUUAAUUAAUUAUAAGUGGGAUGAUCCUUACGUAAUACCUGCUGACAUGACUCCUGAGCUGUCUGAACUCUUCACUCGAGAGCUUACAAGAUAUAUAGAAGAAACAGAAGAGCUUGCCAUGAAAGGUUUAUUGCAGAAUAGGCAUAUACUUGAUGCAAUUGCCAGCGAACUCUUUGAAAAGUCAAGGAUAACAGGACUGGAAGUGGAUGACAGAAUCAAAGAGAUGUCUCCAAUAAUGUUUGAAGAUCUGGCAAAACCUUUUAAGGUUAACUUGGAGCAGGAUGUAUCAUUCCCAGUAUGCAAACAGCUGAAUUAUCAACCCCCAGUCAUCUAUCCUGCUCCGCUCCACCGUUGCUGAAUCCAGGAAGUAAACUGGUGUCAUUUUCUCCAUCUAUGUUCCUGAAUGCUCGAUGACAGACAUGUUGGAGAAUCUGUUGAUUCUUCACCAAAAUUCAACAGCUUGCGACCACCACCUUAUUGUGCAACAGACUCGUGAAGUCGUCGAAUGUUGCUGCAGAUAGUUUCGAUUUUCACCGACCUUUUGUUGUCAGAUCGGUGCGCACACUGAAGUUGGUCAUUUUGUUUCUCCAGUUUUACAUGAUGUAAAUUGGAAAUCACUCAACUGUGGGGGUUUUGUAUACUCGACUGCAGCGACUACAGCUUUACAGAGAAUCCUUUCGAUCUUGGGCACACAGCAACUUCAAUUGGCGCGUGACCUUGUAAUCUCAAAAUCUUCCAUUACGAUUUUAAUUAUAUUCUAAAGUGAUUUUUCAAUUUUGGCGAUACAUUUGGUGGCGCAAUAAUGCUCAUUCUGUGCCUGUGUACUUGUGUAGGAUGACUAGAAAAUCUAUAAAGAUUAAAGAGAAUUUCUUUUUGUACGAAGUUA